AUGCCUUCGUCGGUCCUUCUGUUAGUUCUGGUAGCUGCAGUUUCUUUUGCCACAGGAGUCGUUGUGUGUCGACAAUUGUCAACCUUGCACAAUUAUGACCACAAAAUUAAAGGCAGAAAGGAAAUCGAAGAUGAAUAUGAAGACAGCGACGAAGAUGACGAAGAAGACGACGUUGAAAUCGAUUCUCGAGACCUCAACCUGGUUGGCGGCGAGGUGAGGAUGACGUUGGUUGUUCGCCAGGAUUUGAAAAUGGGCAAAGGAAAAGCCGCUGCUCAAUGUCUGCAUGCAACAUUAGCCUUGUACAAGAAAAUCACCUCGAGUACCAGUGCUUCUUAUAACCCACAAAUGGUUCAAAGAUGGGAAAGAAAUGGCCAAGCCAAGAUCACAUUACAAGUUCCCGACCAGGAAACCAUGGACAUGUUGUUUGCGCAAGCAAUGUCCAUAGGAGUCAAUGCUGCAAUUAUUCACGAUGCUGGAAGAACCCAAAUAGCUGCCGGCAGCGCUACGGUGCUCGGGUUGGGCCCAGCUCCCAAAGCUGUUCUUGACCAGAUAACGGGAGACCUAAAACUAUACUAG